GACUCUCAGCAACGAUGACCCAAGUUGACGCAUUGCGUAUGACGUUUCCACCCGGCUUUUCUCUCUUCUCUGGUUUCCUUUAAGCAGAACUAAGGUCUUUCUGUGUGUAGCCAACUAGGUAGCAUUAUGGCCAACGUUGUGGAUACCAAGCUAUAUGAUAUUCUCGGAGUUUCACCCUCCGCCUCCGAAAACGAACUAAAGAAGGCGUACCGUAAGUUGGCCAAAGAGUAUCACCCUGAUAAAAAUCCAGAUGCAGGGGACAAGUUUAAGGAGAUCAGUUUUGCAUAUGAGGUGCUGACCAAUCCAGAGAAGAAAGAGCUCUACGACCGCUAUGGAGAGCAGGGGCUGCGGGAGGGAGGUGGUGGAGGGGCAGGCAUGGAUGAUAUCUUCUCCCAUAUUUUUGGAGGGGGCCUGUUUGGCUUCAUGGGGGGACAGGGACGUGGAGGGGGAGGACGCAAUGGAGGACGCAGGAGAGGAGAGGACAUGGUUCAUCCCCUCAAAGUUUCACUGGAAGACCUCUACAAUGGUAAAACAACAAAACUACAGCUCAGCAAGAAUGUCCUGUGUGCUUCCUGUAAUGGUGCGGGGGGCAAGGCCGGAGCAGUGCAGAAGUGUGUGGCCUGCAGAGGCAGAGGCAUGAGGAUCAUGAUCAGACAGCUGGCUCCUGGCAUGGUCCAACAGAUGCAGUCAGUCUGCACGGACUGCAACGGAGAGGGGGAGGUGAUCAAUGAGAAAGACCGCUGUAAGAAAUGUGAGGGUCGUAAGGUGAACAAGGAGACCAAACUAUUGGAGGUCCAUGUUGAUAAAGGCAUGAGGCACGGACAGAAGAUCACCUUCACUGGAGAGGCGGACCAGGCCCCGGGUACAGAGCCCGGAGACAUAGUACUGGUCCUACAGGAGAAGGAGCAUGAGGAGUUUCGUCGUGACGGCCAUGAUCUUCACAUGACGCAGCGUAUCGGCCUGGUGGAAGCUCUGUGUGGCUUUCAACUAGCAGUCACACACCUUGAUGGUCGUCAGCUCGCCGUGAAAUAUCCUCCUGGCAAGGUUAUAGAGCCAGGUUGUGUCCGUGUGGUGAAGGGAGAGGGGAUGCCUCAGUACAGGAACCCCUUUGAGAAGGGGGAUCUGUUCAUUAAGUUUGACGUUCAGUUCCCUGACAACAACUGGAUCAGCCCUGAGAAACUCACAGAGCUGGAGGACCUGCUGCCUGUGCGCGCCGAGGUUCCAGUUAUCUCGUCGGAGGCGGAGGAGGUUGACCUUCAGGACUGUGAGGUCAGAGGUCAGGGUUCAGCGGGGGCCAGGAGAGAGGCCUACAAUGACAGCUCUGAUGAGGAGGGGGGACCACACGGCCCAGGCGUACAGUGUGCCCACCAGUAGACUGAAUACACACACACCAUACACACACUGUCUGGGGGUUUAAUGUGCCCACCUGUAGUGACUACACACACACACACACCUCUCCAUUGUGUAUGCCCAUCUCUGUCUCUAGGGGAAGGGCACCACAUACUGCACCCUGCCCCCCCUCCGGUCCAUCAGGAUUAAUUCCUCCGUCAGCCAAUCAGUGUGUGGGUGUGGUCAGCAGGCUGUGCUGGGUGUGUGGUGUCAUUUGACAUUCAAGGGUUGUAGGCGCUACAGCUGUCUUUAGAAACCUGUAUAAAAUAAUAUUGACUGGAAAAAUGCAUUAAUUUAUCUAACAGGCUUCAAUGUCAUUAUAGAUUUAGUCUCAACUUUACCACAGACCUCCCAAAACUUGGUCUACACUGCUCAAUUCCACUCUGCUGAGCUACACAGGAAGCUACCGCAUUCCUUCCUGGAAGCUCAAAUUCCUCCCAUCUCUAAGUCAGCAGGGGUGCAUUCAUUACAACAAACAAAAGUUUUGUGUUUUUCAAACUAUUUAAUUUUGAUGAAAUUCAGAUAUGUCCCCCCGUUUCGUUCUGAAACACAAAGGGACCCUACCUGAUUUUGCAAAACAGAAAAAAAAAUUAUGUUGUGGAAUGAAUACAUUCCUGGGGUUGUCUCCACCAAGCACAUCACUUAAAUCUUUAGGGUUAUUUACCUUUCAGUCAGAAAACCUUUAUCUACUGCGUGAGGAUUGUGUGCUGUUGCUCGUUUGUGUGCAUGUGUGUGACCUCAGCUUGUGUCUGAGUAGCAUUAUAGCAUACUCUAUUCCUCUUUCUAAACAGAGGCACAGCUCUGUGUACAGUAUGUGUGUGUGCUGCUGUAGAAUAUUCUGGCUUCUCCGCUCAAAGCGAUGUGUGUUCUGUUUGUUGCGGCAGUGUGAGUGACCUCAUGUUCAUGCUCAAUUAAAGAUAACGUCUGAAUGUGAUUUGUAGAAUUCCCACCUUGACCAUGUCACCUUUUAACUAUUGACCCCUGAUCUCUGACCCUUGUAAUAUAUACUCUCCAUGCCAGUAGAAUUCCACAUCCAUUCCUAUAGCUCUGUAAAUACCUGCCCCUGUCACAUCUCGAUACUGUACAGUCGCCUCACCCCUUUCUAUCGAAAUUCAUGUUUUUCAUCUGCACUGAUAGGAUAAGACCAUUGGGGCCAUGCUAAUUUGGCACCCACUUUUUUUUUUAAAUGUACUUGUCUAAUAAAAUGUAACUGUAACUUCCAGUUUCAAAACAUUUUGCUACUGUGCCCUAUUGAACAUGAUUCAGAUGAUAUAAUUAUGUUCCUCGGCAACGCAACUUGGUGCUACUGCAUACAGAGCCUGGUAACAGUGUAUCAGAGUGGAACUUGAAAGAGUGGGGUUAAAAUGAAGGUCAGAGGGAGCCUGGGAAAUAUGUUUUAGAUGGGAUGAAAAUUGUUUUAUCACGUAAGACAUUCUUUUCUUUUUUUUUGGAAGCCCAAUUUCUUUUGAGGGUGUAAAAUUUGUGAAUAAUAAAUGUCCGAUUUCUCCCAAACACUUCCUUGCUGAAAUCACUUUGCUGAUGGCUUGAAGGUGAGGUUGUAAGGGUUGUGGUGACUGACCCAGAUCAGCCAAUUAAAACCGGCGGUUGAUUUGUAAGCUGCCAUAGGUGUUGAUUCAAGUUCCAUUCUGAAGUGCUGUGAAGCUGGAUGGUUUGACCGUCGAGAAGCAUCUGGUGGAUGAGAUUAGGCUACUUUAGACUAUGGGUCAAUGCAGGUGAUGGGGUGGAGGCUACUUUAGACUAUGGAGAUGUAGUCAGGUCACUGUAUAUAGGUAACGGAAGGGACACACUACCAACAAGCUAAACAGACAGGGGCUUUAUUUAGUAAAUAUUGUUAUUAUUGUUGAUGAUGCUCAUGUUUGUCAGGAUGAUAAAUAAACUGUAUAAUAAACUGA